CUUCUUCUUACAGGUUUAAAAGGAACAACAAAAAUGUCAUCCCUUUUUGCAACUCCACUUCCCCAGCAACCUCAAUCAUUUCAACCCCAACAGCAGCAAUCACCUUUCCAGCAAAGCAGCAGCCCAUUUUUUCAACACCAACAGCAACAAUUACAGCAGCAACCACAGUUACAGUUUCACCAACACCAACAGCAGCAGCAGCAGCAACAACCACAGCAACAACCCCUUUUUCUUUUUACUAAUGACAAGACUCCAGCUACUUACAGCACUAAAUGGGCUGAUCUGCAUCCUGAUUCUCAAAAGUUCCUGCUUCAAAUCGAGGAAAGGAUAUUGGAGUAUAGAGAUGAAAGCCAAAGGUUAGAUCAGUGUAGUCGCCUUUACAAUUCUUCGGUGUCCAAUGAAGGCUUCGAGCUUGAUGCUAGCCACAUUGUUCAGGAACUUGGAGGAAUUGUCAUUGCCAUGGAGAGGCAGAAAGAUUUGCUGCAAGAAUUGAUGGCUACUGCGAAAGAUAUGCUAAGGAACAUAGAGAUUGCUGUUCGUUCUUUCAUGAUGCAUCGGCCACGGUUCCUUCACUCAAACACCGGAGGCGCUUCAAAUGCCACAGCACCAUCCCAGGCUCCAGGAGCAACAAUGGCACCAGGUUCCAGUGCUCAACCAACUGCUGCAACCAUGGUACCAGUUUUUGAUUUUUACCAUGGGCUUCCCAAGAAGCCGUCUCCACUUCUACAGUAUACCAUUGCUAGAUUUGAGAAGUAUUUGUGUGAGUGCCGCCAGUGGAUUGAAGAGUUGGAACAGCUUCUCCUUUUGAAUUCUGAAAGAAACUCUAUCAAUCAAGCAUCUUCGUUAUUGCAAUCUCUUCCAAAAGUCAUGUCCAAUGUGCAUGACUUUUUUGUUCAAGUGGCUGCCAAGGUAGAGAGCAUCCAUCAAUACAUUCAAUCAAUGAAAACAACAUAUCUUGCUGAUCACCGUGGCAGAGGAGAUGUUAAUGAUCCUUUUCUUGAAGCUGAUCGGAGAGAAACUGCCAAGCAAGAAGCUGCUGCUAAGAGGCUACAUCUAAUCUUGCAUUUACCUACCAAUUCACAACCAUCAACUCAGGUUGCUGGGUUGCUUGCUGGCUCAGCAACAACUCCUGCAGCAGCCUCUGCUCCACAGACGUCUUCCACUCCUGCUUCUUCCAUGUCAUCUUCGCUGUUUGCAACUCCAACCACAGGAGCUUCAAUUCAAACAUCCCUUUUCAGUUCCUCAUCACGAUCUCUCUUUGCAUCUGCAUCCACUCCCUCUCUUUUUUCUAGUACCAUUGCAUCUGCUGGAGGUUCUUUUUCAAUACCAUUUGCUUCUGGUGCUCCAACAGGAUCUGGUCCUAGCUUCGGGGCUGCAUCUAAAUCAUCGAGGCCAAAAUCCCGGACUACCCGACGUUAGUCAUCGUGGCUUGAAUAUGUCCCGAAACUUCUUUCUGUUGACUGCAAUGAUCCUUUGCACAUAAGCGGACCCACAGUUCAUUUUGACAGUUUCUUUACUCAUGAUAUUCCUUUAAAGGGCAGUGUUAUUUCAUCUGGAGUGGAAGGAUCAUGUUGGCUUCUUUGUGAUAUCCAGAAGAAAAAAAACCAAGAUGUUAGCUUUAUGAUACAUCCUAAUCUCUUUUGUAGUUAUUUCAGCAUUGAUUAAAGUGCUACAGGAUCCUUAUUACUGUAACAUU